AGUCGCUGUUACUGCGAGUUUCCUCCUCCUCGCUGCAUCCCCUGGUGAUGUACGGAGGGGUCGGAGGUUCUCGACGGACUGCAGAAGAAGCAGGCCCGCCGCCCCUAAUGUUGUUGUCAGGCGGGGGAGCGGUCCCCGGGCCCCCCGGAGGAGGUGGAGGAGGAGGUGGAGGUGGGAAUAGCCGUGUGGAGCUGCUGGUGUUCGGCUAUGCCUGCAAGCUGUUUCGAGAUGAUGAGAAGGCUCAGUACCAGGAGCAGGGGCGACACCUUAUUCCUUGGAUGGGAGACCCCAAGAUCAUGAUCGAUAGGUACGAUGGGCGUGGUCACCUACAUGACCUUUCUGAAUAUGAUGCUGAAUAUUCCACGUGGAACAGAGAUUAUCAAUUGUCUGAAGAGGAGGCUAGAAUAGAAGCCCUCUGUGAUGAAGAGAGGUAUUUAGCCUUGCAUACGGACUUGCUUGAGGAGGAGGCGAGGCAAGAGGAGGAAUAUAAAAGACUGAGCGAAGCUUUGGCAGAGGAUGGUACCUAUAAUGCAGUGGGGUUCCGUUAUGGCAGUGAUUAUUAUGACCCUUCAGAACCCACUGAGGAGGAGGAGCAUCAGCCUGCAAAACAAAGAGAAACAGCUCAGACAGAAAAUGUAGAAGAAAAUGAAGAACCUUUUGUUGCCCCUCCGGGACUGAACGUACCUUCUGAUGUGGAACUGCCACCAACAGCAAAAAUGCAUGCGAUUAUAGAACGGACUGCAAACUUUGUCUGCAAGCAGGGAGCGCAGUUUGAGAUUAUGCUAAAAGCCAAGCAAGCGCGCAACUCCCAGUUUGACUUCUUGCGAUUUGAUCACUACCUCAACCCCUACUACAAAUUCAUUCAGAAGGCUAUGAAAGAGGGACGAUACGCUGCUCCUUCUGAAAAUAAAGCAGACGAGAAAAAACACUCGAGAGUCAAAUCUGAGGAAGAAGAUGACGAUGACGACGAUGAUGAUGGAAAUUACCUGCACCCGAGUCUCUUUGCAUCUAAAAAAUGCAGUAGGCUUGAAGAACUCAUGAAGCCUUUGAAGGUAGUAGACCCCGAUCAUCCACUUGCAGCACUGGUGCGCAAAGCGCAAUCAGAUAAUAACUCAUCUACGACACAGUCAACAGAUGGGGCAGCUGUACAGACAUCACAAGCAGAAUAUUCUUCUGAUUCAACUGUGGCAGCCAUGUAUUAUAGUUACUAUAUGCUACCUGAUGGAACCUAUUGCCUCGCGCCUCCACCUCCCGGAAUAGAUGUUGCCACCUACUACAACGCGUUGCCUGCAGGGGUGACUGUAUCAAGCACUACAGGGGUAGCAACAGUACCUCCACCCCCUGGUACUACACCUCCACCUCCCCCAGAUACAACUGAGAGCAGCAGUGGGUUGACUUCUACCACAACAUCCACAAGCACAAUUGCUCCAGUGGUUGCCAUUAUACCUCCACCCCCAGAUAUCCAACCUGUUAUUGAUAAGCUAGCUGAGUAUGUUGCUAGGAAUGGGAUAAAAUUUGAAACCAGUGUUCGUGCCAAGAAUGAUCUAAGAUUUGAGUUCCUGCAACCGUGGCACCAGUAUAAUGCUUAUUAUGAAUUUAAAAAACAGUUCUUCCUUCAAAAAGAGAGCAGUGACAACUGUCAGGGAGUAUCUUCAUCUGAAGAUGUUCCAGCAGAUACUGCCGGUGAUACACCGAGUGAGACUCAAUUUGCAGAUGAACAUGCACCUGAAGAUGUAUCUGAGCCAAGUGCUAAGGGAGUUCCGGGAAAUAAAAAGGAUGUUCCUCCUAAAACUGUCAGUGAUGGUAAAUUGGUGAAAGCAUCGUUUGCUCCGAUAAGCUUUGCAAUCAAGGCCAAAGAAAAUGACCUUCUUCCUUUGGAGAAGAACCGUGUUAAAUUAGAUGAUGACAGUGAUGAGGAGGAAGAAGAGGGCAAGGAAGGCCAAGAGAAUGCUAAUAGUGCUUCAAACCAUACUCCAGCUGUUACCACUCCUUGUACUGCUGCUGAAGAGAAAAAACCUCAACUUACACAAGAGGAGUUGGAAGCUAAGCAAGCAAAGCAGAAACUAGAGGAUAGAUUAGCAGCUGCAGCAAGAGAAAAGCUUGCCCAGGCCUCCAAAGAAUCAAAAGAAAAGCAGCUACAAGCAGAGCGCAAAAGGAAAGCUGCGCUGUUCUUGCAGACCCUGAAAAACCCUCUUGCAGAGGCAGAAACUGAGAAAAUUGAAGAGAAUUCCUUCAAUAACGAGAGUGUCAAUAGUAUACCAUGUCCUGUGACUGCAGUCAGAACUUUACCCACCUUAGAAGUUAAACAAGCAGAAAGGCCUUCAAGCAAAAGCAAAGAUCCUCCUAGGGAUGAAGAAAAAGAAAAGAAAAGAAAAAAACACAAGAAAAGAUCUCGGACAAGAUCUCGAUCACCAUUCAAGUAUCAUUCAUCCUCUAAGUCCAGAUCUAGAUCACAUUCAAAAGCAAAGCACUCACUUCCCACUGCCUAUAGAACUGUCAGGCAUUCAAGACUCACAGCAUCCACAGGGACACUGAGCAUGGAGCCGAGUCUGAGCAGCUCAUCAAUGGCAGCAGCAACAGAGCGGGAAAAUUAUCAGGCAACUUCGACAACGAAAAGAUUUGACUGCUGGAGCUCUUUUGAGGGAAAUCCUGGUAAAAUGUCAAGGUCACGGUCAAGGUCACCUAGGAGAAGGGCACACACACCAGAAAGGCGGAGAGAUGAAAGAAGUGUUCCAACAGCUUAUCGCAUUAGUAAUAGUCCUGGCAAUAGUAGGAAACGCCCACGUUCCAAAAGUCCCCACGAAAAGAAGAAGAAGAGGCGGUCUAGAUCACGUACCAAGUCCAAAGCUAGGUCUCCUUCACCAUCCAUGUCACCAGGCAAACCAUCCACACACAAAAAUUCUGUACAUUCAACUAGUGUCUCUCCUGUGGAGAGCAGGGAAUCCAGCCAGGAACGCUCCAGGGGAGUUUCUCAGGAAAAAGAUGGCCAAAUCUCUUCAGCAAUUGUGUCUUCAGUGCAGAGUAAAAUCACUCAGGAUCUUAUGGCCAAAGUGAGAGCAAUGCUUGCAGCUUCCAAAAACAUACAAACUAGUGCCUCCUGAGACCUGUUGAACUGACCAUCAAGAAAUUGUGUGAAAAAGAACAGUAUAAAAAAACUGCCUCAUCUCAAAUGUACAGCUGAGCUUAGCUCACUUGGUUCACAACUCGUCUAAUAUUACCAGAACUCGAGGAGCUAAAACCUAUCUUUCUGUACAGAAGCGUCUCCUUGAAAUUUCAUUAAACUUUUUCAGCCAGAAUAUCUUUGGAAAGUUUUUGGUUUUUGUAAAUUGAUUUUUUGACUAAUUCUUCAGUAACAUUUUAUGAUCAGCGGUCUAUAUGUGUAUAUUUGUAAAUACCAUGUUUCUGUGAAAGCAGUAUUACACAAUAAUAAAGAAGGAAACAUCUUUCAUUAGCUA